AACACGAAAAAUGUCUGGAAGAGGGAAAACCGGCGGAAAAGCCAGAGCUAAGGCAAAGACUCGCUCCUCCCGUGCCGGGCUCCAGUUCCCGGUCGGCCGUGUCCACAGGCUGCUCCGUAAAGGAAACUACGCUCAGCGUGUAGGAGCCGGCGCCCCCGUCUACCUGGCGGCUGUGCUGGAGUACCUGACCGCUGAGAUCCUGGAGCUGGCUGGAAACGCUGCCCGCGAUAACAAGAAGACCCGUAUCAUCCCCCGUCACCUGCAGCUGGCUGUCCGCAACGACGAGGAGCUCAACAAGCUGCUGGGCGGAGUAACCAUCGCUCAGGGCGGCGUGCUGCCCAACAUCCAGGCCGUCCUGCUGCCCAAGAAGACAGAGAAGCCCGCCAAGAAGUAAACACCCGGAACUGGCUUUUACCGACACAACAAAGGCUCUUUUAAGAGCCACA